AUAGAUGUCUCGGGGCGGAGCCCGGACUGGCAGAGGGCGGGCCUUGCGAGCGGCGCGCGGUAUAAAAUAGGACGCGAGGCAACCCGCGCAAGCUUUGGCGGGAGUAAGGGUUUGGUGUCUCUUCAAGCCAACGGGCCACCACUACCACCCCAUCUUGGUGGAGCCUCCACGGUCAGCAGCCCCAUCCCUCGGGCAGCCGUCACCAUGGCCGAGAGGGCGCUGGCGCUCAACCCGAUGGGGCGGGGGGACCGCUACUACACGUACACCGAGCUCCUGGCCGUCUCGCGGCGCUUCAAGCAGAACCCCAGCGAGCUCAUGAUCACCUGGAUCCUGCGGGUGUAUGACCAGGGGGGCUCGGCGCUGGCCCUGAAUUCUGGGGAGCUGGCGCUGCUGGGCGACCUGACGGGCGACGCUAUCUUCAACUACCACUGCAAGGGCCUGCGGGGCGGCUGCAAGACACUGCUCAGCUGGCUGCUGCUGGCCUGGCGCCAGCGCUGGGAGUCGUUCGUGCACUUCGAGGCCACUGAGCUGCCUUUCCGGCCCUGGACCACCAUGGAGGAGGGCAUCCGGCUGGUGCGCGAGCUGGGCAUGCUCGAGUGGAUCUACCGCGAGCCGGCCUCGCCCCCCGUGCCGGAGCAGGCGCCCUUGCCGGCGCCGGAGGACAUGCCCUUCACGCAGGGCCUGCAGCGGCGCCUGCUCACGGCGGCGCCCUCCGAGCUGCGGCUGUCGCUGGUCAGCCUGCUGGUCAAAGGCAUGACGGUGCUGGAGGCGGUGAUCGAGAUCCAGACCAUUGCCGACGUCGGCCUGCUCUGGCGCCACAGCCAGCCAGGCCGUGCCAAGCUCAUGCUGGGGCCCAAUCCCACGCGCAAGGACCUCCUGGGCUGGCUCCUGAGCCACGGCGUGCCCAAGGAGAGGGUGGACAAGCAGCCCACCAAGGUCCUCCUGGAGCUGUACAUCAAAGAGGCCAAGCGCAGCCGUUGCCACCCAGCCUACAUGCUGGGGGAGGAGCAGCCCCCGCCGCCCCCCUAUUCUGACCAGGCCUGUGGGGAGGAGCUGCCCGUGCACCACGACUAGGACCCCAGGAGCCGGGAGGAGGCUCGAAGCCCCUCCAGGGCAUCCGGCACCUGGCAGUGGAGAUGCAGAGCCGUGGGCCGACCGCCCCACGGGCGUCACCGGCCACUGCGGGCGGAGGGGCGCAAGCUAGCUGGUACCCGGCAGCGCCUUAGAGCUCCCCCAAGCACAUGGCCUGUUAGGUUUCAGUCUGUUACAUUUCAGCCCCAUUGGCAUGGUGGGGUCGGCACCCACCCCCUGUGCCCCACAGGCCCCCAAAGCACUACAGGCCAAGUGGGGAGACCCCCUGCACGGCCCUCAACAUGAAAGCAUCUGGAAGUCUGUGCCCUUUUUCUGAAGGUUUUUUAAAAAAUGCAAUGUUUUUACUUAAGGCUUCAAGUACAUACAGCGCUUUUGUUUUAGGGAU